ACAGGAAGAAGAAGAAGAAGAGAAUAUGUUCAGCUCAAAGUUCAGUUACAUAUCUGCGAUAACGCUGCUGGUAUUUGCCACUGCAUACGAAGGUGAAUCGACUACGAUAGAAGACAUUGAAAAAUUGCUCUCGAAGUCUCAAGAUGAAUUACCCGGAUUAGCUCAGUCAAUUAUUGAUACUGAAGCAAAGGUUAAACGACUACGAGAUAAGAUUUACAAUCAAACUGUACAUACAGUCAAAAACAAAGUUGAUAUCUAUAUCGACUGUUUGAGACAAAAUGACAAAACCAAAAUGGGAGAAGCAUUAUUCAGGGAUGUCAAGAAGGGACUUAUGUACCAACCUGAGAAAUAUGGUCCCUACACAGAGGAACAUUCUCUUCAUCAAUGUGUCCAGGAAGAAAAUGCUGCUUACUCAGCCAAGUUGAAUUCACAAGAAAAACCUGACUGUGACGUUAUCAGACGGUCAAUAAGUGGAGACGGUAAUCCAAUUACUUGAAUUCUGAAAUCUGUGAAUCUAUCCGAUGCAGUCGAAACUGCAGUUAAUGUAAUUAAAACUCUUCUCCUCAAUGGCAAUUAUCUGUCGUUGCACCAAUUUUGAUGAAGUCGAAGUUUUGCGAUUUCAUCACAUGACGAGAAAUAACAGGCAGGUAGGUGUAGGGAAUUGUCGAAGGUGUUUUGACUGUCUUCAAACACGUUCAAUGCUCGACCUUCAAUUGAAUAAACACGUAGACGAGUCAGUCGUCUGCUUAAACAACAGCACAAUAAACCGACCCACCAAUAGCUUCACAGUAUUCUGCAUGAUCACCUUUCACCAUUUGAUUCUGUGACGUUCAGUCGUAAAAUGCAGGCAUUAUUUUACAAAUUUCAGAUCCGGUGACUGUGGAUGAUAUGAAGUAUAUAAUAUGCGACUUAUAUGAUCAGAAAUCCCUUUACGCUGAAACCAUUUUGAUGAAGAAAAUUCAUGAAACUGCCAUCAAGAGGUUGAAACGUAAGAUUUACCUACUAUCUCGAGUAGGAGGAAGAAACUAGUGACGAAUAUGAAUCUAUUACUCUCGCUAGCAUGGGAAACGUGUAUUCUGCACAUUAUUGAAAUGUAAUCGUGUGCUGUGGAUUUCAUGAACACUUUUAACUAAAUAACUAAUUUUCAUAAUGACGCUUAAUGUCUUUCUUUUAAAUACAAUUUUAUCAUUCAAA